CACACAAAAAAUUCAUUCCUGCUCACUUGUUUUUGUGUAUUUUCGCUUACGUGAAUUCUAAUUUUCGAUUGUUGGUGAUUAUGCUUGCAUUGCAAAGUAAAAUUUGAGUGUGUUUAACAAAAAUGACGGAAAAUCUUAGCUCCGCACAAAGCGAGUUUGGUAAUAAUACGCGCCCACAAGAGGACUACUCUAUGACAAUGGACCACGAUGCGGAUCCAAAUACGCAAGAGAGUCGAGAAGACAGCACACACACACCAAAUUCGUCAGCUCAUAACACAGAUGAAGAUGAUGACAGCGGUGAUGGCCGUAGUAGUUCGGCACACGCUUCUUCAACUUUAAGCUACAAAGAGAGACGUCGAGAAGCGCACACUCAAGCAGAGCAAAAAAGGCGUGAUGCCAUUAAGAAGGGAUAUGAUAGCCUUCAGGAGUUAGUGCCCACAUGUCAACAAAAUGACUCAGCGUCUGGAUACAAAUUAAGCAAAGCGCUUAUAUUGCAAAAGUCCAUCGAUUACAUUGGUUAUCUCAAUUUGCAAAAGAAAAAGCAAGAGGAAGAAAGUGGUGCACUGCAAAAGGAAGUGGCCGCUCUGCGUAUAAUACAACAAAGUUAUGAGCAUAUGUUGCAGCAUCAGCAAGCUAAUCCUGGGCCUGAGGAAGCACGUCUAACUGAUGAAGCGAAAUUUCAAGUGUUUCAGGCAAUUAUGGACGAAAUGUUCGAUACAUUCCAGCAUAUACCUAUGGAUAACUUUAAGCAGCUGACAACAGGUGUCAUACCGUGGUUAGAGGAAUACUGCAAGCCACAUAUUUUGCGCAGCAUACUGAGCCACACCUUGCAACAAAUGUCACAGUCGCAAGUACAUGAGAAGCAGAAGCAACAGCAAGACAGUGAAGGAUUCAGUUGAUUUAGUAGCAGAUGCCGCCAGAAGAGCAAUAAAUAGCAAAACUUAAUGCGGCAAAUAAUUAUCCUCACUUAAUUUGUUUAAAUUAGUGAUAUUUUACUCCGGGAAUCAUGUUAAUAAUUGUUUUAUUUUAAAGAGCAUUUGCCAGUCUUUAAGCCAAAUAGUAAAAUUUCCUCUUAAUUAGUUUAGUAAAAUUUUACGUUAUACAAACUCGGUCUAUCACCCUGUAUAAUGAAAACGCAAGAUCCAUAUAUUUAUGUGUAUCUCUUUUUAAAUACCUUACAUAUCGGUUGCAAAAUUAUAGCACUACCACAUAUUCGGGCAGGCUCUGUAAUUCACUUUCGAAUGAGUUUCAUUAAAAUUAUAAAACCAACCCAUUGAUAAGUUUUAACUGUUAUUUGUUUAUCUAUUAAUUUUUCGUGAAAAUAAAGUUCAUUUUAUAACAAAGGCCAUAUUAAGCACAGGAUUUUGAAAAUUCGUCAAUUUGUCAUCAAACUUUCAAUAUUUUCAACCAUACUAAAAGAAAAUGUCGCCAGUCAAUUUUAGUGAAAUAAAUUAUCCAAAAUGCUCAUUGAUUUUUUUUUACAUAUGAUGUUGCACAUUUUCUCCAUAAAACGAAUACAGAACAUUUUCUCAUACGGAGAAAAUGCGUAAGACCGCAUUUAUUAAAAAAUAAAUAUUAAAAAUUUGUCAAUAUGUGUUAGUGCUUUAAUUGUACAACGGAGUAUAUAUGUAACACACAAUAUUUCUAUACAUGUACGUUUGUUUACAUCGGUAUUUAUUCAAUACUUUGUCUUACAGCUUCUAGGCAAAUCUGACAUUUUUGACUUAACAUAUUCUGCUCAAAUGAUGCCUUAAACUGAAAUUUUGUCUGAUCCAUUAUUUUUCAACUUAGUCUUAAUUACAGUCGAAUUUUUAUAAUAAAUAUGUAAAACUAAA